UAUUUUGCCGACAUAGAACCCAAUUCAUGUGACCCCAUGCGGUCGCUUUCUCGAUUCCGUAGCUUCUGAUGAGGAGUUUUUAUCUACAUUUUCCAAUCAACAUUGUGCUUAGAUGGGACUCGAGAUCUGAAUAACACUGGAUAAUAUCGCAGGUUAUGGGUUUUGUGAGCACCGCGUUGGGUUUCACCAGAUUCGGCGCCGGAUUAACGGCCGGGGUUGUGAUUGGGUACUACUUGUUCAUUUAUUUCCAACUCACUGAUGUUAAGGAUCCUAAAGUCCGUCCGAUUGUUGAGCAUGAUUCGAAAUCUUUGGAGCGCAUUCUGCCAGAAAUCCCCUUAUGGGUAAAAUGUCCGGACUAUGAUCGAAUUGAUUGGCUAAACAGGUUCUUGGAGAUGAUGUGGCCUUAUCUGGACAAAGCGAUCUGUAGAACCGCGAAAGAAAUUGCUAAACCAAUUAUUGAUGAGAAUACUGCGAAAUAUAAGAUUGAUUCGGUUGGAUUCGAAACAUUCACUUUGGGUACCUUGCCCCCAACUUUUCAAGGAAUGAAAGUCUAUGUUACGGAGGAGCAGGAGUUGAUUAUGGAACCUUCACUUAAAUGGGCCGGAAACCCUAAUGUCACUGUUGUUGUCAAGGCAUAUGGAUUGAAAGCAACUGCUCAGGUGGUGGAUUUGCAAAUUUUUGCUAAACCGCGUAUUACUUUGAAACCAUUGGUCCCUAAUUUUCCUUGCUUUGCGAAGAUUUAUGUGUCGCUUAUGGAGAAGCCACACGUUGAUUUCGGACUAAAACUUCUGGGUGCAGAUCUUAUGGCUAUUCCUGGUCUUUAUCGAUAUGUACAGGAGACCAUUAAGAAGCAGGUCGCUAGUAUGUAUCUAUGGCCUAGGACACUCGAAGUUCCCAUAAUGGAUCCUUCAAAAGCAUCAAAGAAGCCAGUCGGAAUUCUACAUGUGAAGGUUGUGAGGGCACUUAAACUGCGAAAGAAAGAUUUGUUGGGUAAAUCAGAUCCCUACGUGAAACUUAAGCUGUCGGAAGAUAGGCUUCCGUCGAAGAAAACAACAGUGAAGCACAGUAAUCUCAACCCCGAAUGGAAUGAGGAAUUCAAAUUUGUUGUUAAAGAUCCCGAAACUCAAACUUUGGAGUUCAGUGUCUUUGACUGGGAACAGGUUGGGAAACAUGACAAAAUGGGCAUGAAUGCAAUUCGGUUGAAAGACUUGCCCCCUGAUGAGACAAAGACGUUGACCCUCGACUUGCUUAAAAAUAUGGAUCCAAAUGAUGCUCAGAAUGAGAAGUUACGUGGACAAAUUGUGCUUGAUGUAACAUAUAAGCCUUUUAAGGAAGAAGAGAUGCCUAAAGAUGUUAGUGAAGAUUCAAGUGUAGUAGAGAAGGCUCCGGAUGAUACUCCUUCAGGCGGUGGUUUGCUUGUUGUUAUCAUUCAUGAAGCUCAAGAUCUCGAAGGAAAGCAUCACACCAACCCCUACGUGCGAGUCAUUUUUAGAGGGGAGGAUAAGAAAACCGGGCACAUUAAAAAAAAUAGAGAUCCCCGUUGGGAGGAGGAGUUCCAGUUUGUAUGUGAAGAACCACCGAUUAACGACAAAAUCCAUGUAGAGGUACUUAGUAGGCCACCGAACAAGGGAAUUUUACACUCCAAGGAAACAUUGGGCUAUGUUGAUAUAAGCCUUGCAGAUGUUGUGAACAACAAAAGAAUCAAUGAAAAAUAUCACCUCAUCGACUCGAAAAAUGGCCAGAUUCAAAUCGAACUGCAGUGGAGAACUUCAUAGAACUCUCACAGGAGCAAACCAGACUUUGGGUUUGGGUGACAAAUUAUAGGAGAGGAGAUGCAUCUUGCAAAAUAAUUUGAACAUACAUCAGCAUAUGUUUUUGACCUGGAGAUUUCUUCAUACUGCUUUAAAGAUAGUUUAAGUGUUCUGUUAAUAUGGAUUUCUUUAAUUGAUUCAGAAUUCAAAAUUGUGCUAGGUAAACUGGAUUGCAUUAGUUUAUCUUGCUUAGUUGUGUAGAUCUUGCUCUCUUUUCCUGUGAUCAAAGUAUUAGUCCAGUCUGUAACAUUGUACUACUUCAACAUCUUGAAAAAAAAAGAUUGUUAGACUAAUCUUUUCCUA